AUGGAGCCGGCGCCCUGGCAUGCGGUGCCAGUGCUGUCAGAGCUGCAGUCCCGGGAGGUGGAGCUGGUGGCCGCCUACGCCGCGCCCGUGCUGGACCCGCGCCAGACGUCUCGGCUGCUCAAGGAGGUGUCAGCGCUGCAUCCUCUGCCGGCCCAGCCGCACCUCAAGAGGGUGCGGUCAAGCCCCGGCACGGGCCAGGGCUUGGAUCUGCUGCUGUGCCUGGCAGCUCCGGCCGCCGACCCCACUGGGGACCCGCCCUCGCUGGACCAGCUUCUUCCCCCACCUGCCGUGGACUCCCAAGGACUGGGAGCCCCAUUCCUGGUAGACGUGCCGGCAUGGCCACCCCUCACACGGCGCCAGUUUGAGCAGGCCCGGGCCCACUGGCCCACAUCGUUCCACGAGGACCGGCAGGUGACCCGCGCACUGGCCGGGCAGCUCUUCUCGGCCGCUGAGUGCGCGACCAUGCAAGGCCACAUGGAGUGCGCCGUGCAGGCUGCCCACCGGGCGGCAGCGCGGGGCCUGCGGGCUGUGGGCAUCGUGGUGGUAGACCCAGUGACGGGCGGCAUGCUGGCCACGGCCCACGACUGCCGCAACACCCGCCGGCCCCUACUGCAUGCCGCCAUGGUGGGCAUCGACCUGGUGGCGCGGGGCCAGGGCCGCGGCGCCCUGGAGCUGGACCUGGCGCACCUUCCCGCCUGCACCUUCGCCCCACCGCUGCUGGCCCGCGCGGGCACCGUGCGGAAGCUGGCCCCGGCUGAAGCCAACGGUGUGGGUGAGGACCAGGACCCGCCCUACGUGUGCACCGGCCUUGACGUGUACAUGACCCGAGAGCCAUGCCUCAUGUGCGCCAUGGCGCUGCUCCACUCGCGCGUGCGCCGCGUCUUCUAUGGUGCCGCCUCCCCUGAUGGUGCACUGGGCUCGCGCUUCCGCCUACACGCAAUGCCCGAUCUCAACCACCGCUUCCAGGUCUUCCGUGGGGUGCUAGAGCCCCAGUGUCGUGCCCUGGAUCCUGACCCCUAG